CAAAACAAAACAACAUAAAAACAAUGAUAGCUAAAACGGUUUAUUCAUUUCAGUGCCAAUGGCUGUCUACAUCCUGCCAUUGAUAAAUGACAGGUUUAUGAAGUGACAUAUUCACCUUCCCCAUCAUACACAUACACACACACACACACACACAUGCCCACCACCACUCUAACAAUCCACCCGAAGACGAUGAAGAAAAGAUCCAGAUUUCAAUGGCUUCUGUUUCUAUUGCCAACACAUAUGAUAAACAUGAUGGCAUUAUUAUUUACGUUGGUUGCGGCCACCACCACCACUACAACCACCAACUCAUCGCCCGAUCGCUUUACUAAUUAUGCGUUCGAUGACUACGGAGAAUCGAUCAUUGACAUUGACAAUAUAAAAUCAGCUACUAGUACUAAUACUAAUGAUUCUUCUAUCGAGGAUGGUGAUUCAACGAUUUGGUCAACAAGUGAUGAUUAUCAUGGCAACAUUAAUUUGGACACUAAUAGUGAGACCAAUCCGAUAGAGAUGUCAAUCGAAUCUUUACGUUAUCCAUUCUGGUUUACGAUAUUCAUUGCCGUUUGCAUAGGCAUCUGUUCUAUUAUUACGAUUGCCGGCAAUGCAUUGGUGUUGGUCGCCUUCUGUGUUGAACGAUCGAUUCGCCAGCCAUCCAAUUAUUUUAUCUGUUCAUUGGCCGUAAGCGAUCUGUUUAUCGGCGUGAUAUCAAUGCCCUUUUAUGCAGUCUAUGAGCUAAUGGGUCGCUGGGAUCUGGGUGCCGUACCUUGUGAUCUUUGGUUAGCCACUGACCAUACGGUUUGUUUGGUCUCCAUAUACACUGUACUUUCUAUCACUAUCGAUCGAUAUUGUUCGGUGAAAAUAGCAGCCAAAUACCGAUCAUGGAGAACAAAACAAAAAGUGCUCUGGUCAAUUGCCGUCACCUGGAUCAUACCGUUUCUUGUGUUUUUCACUUCGAUCAUGGGUUGGGAACAUUUUACCGGAAAACGUGAACUGGCUCCAGGCGAAUGUGCUGUACAGUUCCUCAAGAAUGCUGUGUUCAACACAUCGCUAAUAAUCGGCUAUUUUUACGUUACCAUUGUGAUAUUGGUCGUUCUCUAUAUGGGUAUCUACCGUACGGCAAGUGAAAUGGCCAAAAAAUCGGACGCCAAACAACGAAAGAUUCAACAGAGCUUGGCACCAGUAGUCGUAUCGCAUCAGGAUACUGGAUCCACACAACACGACAGCGAUGUUGUUCUAUCGAAAAAAAUGCCAAAACAGAUGCUAACCAAUCCAAAUAAUACAACCGAAACUACUCGUGUUAGCGAUUCGGCCAUCGAAACCCAGAAACAGAAAGUGCCCAUCUCUCAUGAUGACAUUACCAUGACAACUUCAUCCAACACAUCGUCUAAUGAAACCAAAAACGUGACAGCUAUGGGUAGCAUGACCAAAGGUGACCUGACCUAUGCUUGUGACGACCACCAUCAUCAUGUUUGCAGUAGCAGCCACAAGUCAUCGACGAGAAAGCAAAAAAAAUCAAGCCAUUCAAAUUACGUGGAUGAAUAUGAAGACGAAGAAGAUGAUGAAUAUGAUUAUGAAGAAGAUCGAUCCAGUUCACCUACAUUCGAAUCAGAUGACGACAAUCUUUCCAUCGAUCAUGAACGACAACCACGUAGCCGUCGCAAAAAGCUCAAAGGCUUUCUGGGCAAAAAUAUGCCUCUAGAAUCAAUUGCACCCUUUUCAUCAUUGGCCAUGCCAUCUACCGAUCAAUCUACGUGUCCUUUGCCUGUCGAUUCGAAACAGUGCAAAUUGUCCCGUAAUUUUGCCAAUCCAUUUCAUUCUCAACGUCAUCAUGCCAGGAUAGUAACUGGUCGACCUUGUAGCCAUCACCUGUAUCCAUCGCAGCUGACAUCGUUCCAACAAACGCCCGAGCUAUGCAAAGGCCCCCUCAUACCUCGAUCACCCAUUGUUUCCAACAAUGACGACAAUACUACGCACAGCCAAUUUCGUCGAUUGGUCGAAUUAAGUCGCAUAAAAAAUUAUGAACGAUCAACAACAGAGCAAGGUGUCGAAUCGUCGUCGAAUAACAAUCGAACUUUGGAAGCCAAACCAGAACACAAUCUUUUGCUCACCAGCAGCAGUUCAGCGGGCAUAGGAUUCGAGCCAACACACACUUUGAUCGUAACGGCAACAGUCACUCAGUCUACAUUGGUCACCACUACGGCUGCCAUUUCCUUACGUAGAGAGGAACUUCCACCUGUAAAUGGUUCAUCUCCAAACGAGCACACCCAUCUUCUGCAUCAAACGCCUGGUCAUCAGAUUCUGAUAAAAGCCGAACCAAGCCAGUCCUCAAAACAUCAAAUUAUCGAACAAACAGAAUGCGAUAACAAACAACGCAAAGGUCGUUCUCAUAAAACAAGACGAACGAAGAAUAGUUUAAAUAAUAAUAAGCAAGCUUCAGGACGGAAACUUACCUCUGCCAAGCACAAAGGCUAUCACCAUAAUCAGAUGCAACGAGAACAGCAACGGCAAAAGUCUAAAUCAGAAAAUCGAGCACGUAAAGCAUUGAGAACCAUAUCGUUUAUUCUGGGCGCCUUUAUUCUUUGCUGGACUCCAUACCACAUUGUAGCCCUAGUUGAAGGGUUUUGUUCUGGCUGUGUCAAUCAUCAUUUUUUCUACUUCACAUACUUUCUUUGCUAUGCCAAUAGUCCAUUGAAUCCAUUUUGUUAUGCAUUGAUGAAUCAACAAUUUAAAAAAACAUUUAUUCGUAUCCUGAGUGGUGAUCUACAUCGUACAUAGUGAAAUAAAAACAUGAAUCAUCAUCAUCAUCAUCGUCAUCAAAAUAUCAUCAUCUACAUCUAUAUAUCAUGAAUGUUGGUAUACCAUUUAAAUCCAAUAAAUCAAAUUAAUCAAUCAAUGUCCAAUUCACAUUCAUCAUAUGAAUUAAUAUACAGAUGCUAACAACACCCUUAACACACCUAUAUCUCUUUAUCUCUUUUUACAUACACAAAACAUACAAACUUAGAUGACAAGAAAUCAAGACAGACAGGUAAAGAAUACACAAACACACACACACACACACACACAUAUAGAGCUUGAUUGGGUAAUGGGCUUGUAUCCAUUUAUUGUGGUUGAUUUUUUGUUGUUGUUGUUGUUGUUGUUGCUACUUGAUGUAUUUAUCUAUCGAAUUAUAUGAUUAAAAAUUACGAUCCACACACACACACA